AGGGAGGGAGAGCCCUCGGCAGGCGCUCGCUCGCUGCUGGCGCGGUGCAUGCCGGUCCUGCUGCCCGGCCAGCCGGGCUGCUCGCUGCUUUCUGCCUGCCUGGCCAAGAUGGCGUCGCGCUGUCACCUGUGUGUGUGAGAGGGAGGGAGAGCCCGCCCGCUCCGUGCGAGGGAGGAGGCGGAGGGGCCGCUGUUGCUCCCGGUGCUGCUGCUGCGCGGCCCUCCCGGCUCCGGCCGCCCUGCGUCUCCUCGCCCCCCGGAGCCGCCUCUCCGCCAUGGCCGGGGGCUGAGGGGACCCGCCUCGACGCCCGCCUCCCCCGCCCCACCUCCCCCCCUCCCCUCAGCGGCAGGUGCUGUCAGCGCCGCCGACGCCGCUUCAGCUUCCCCCGCCGCCGCCACCACCACCACCACCCCCUCGGCGGCGGCGGCGACGACGACAACGACGGCCAUGGGGUCCCCGGCAGGCGCUUCGAGCUCGGCGGCGGCCGCCGCAGCUGCCGCGGCGGCGGACUCGGCGCAGUGGCUGUCGGUGAAGGAGGAGACCAUCUUCCUGCACGACGGGCUGAUCCGGGUCACCGACCUGGCCGAGCUGCCCAGCGAGAUCAUCGGCGUGGCCGAGCCCGGAGACACCGAGUUGGAGAUCUUGACAUUCGAGACCAAGAACCCCACAGAGCUGUCGGAGCGCCUGCGUUCCGUCUGCGGGAACCAGAGCAACGCCUACGCCCGCCUGCUGGAAUACCGCCUGAAUGCCCUGCGUGGACUCUGGAAUGCCCAGCGCCAGCUUGCCCUGGAGGAGCAGCAUGAGCGGGAGAGCUCCGGGGACGAGGAAGCCCUGGCCUUGCUCAAGCGGCAGGGCCUGCUGCAGCAGCCGGAGCAGGCCCCCUUCACCUCGCGGAUGGGGCUGCUCUUGGUCUUCCCCCUCAUUGAGUCCCAAAGCAGAACGGACCCCUCCCUGUGCAACAUCACUGCCGAGGUGCUCUUGACUUGCCUUCGCGACUGCCAGCCACUGAGCCUGACCAAGGAGCCAGCAGACUGUCUUAACGGCAUUGAGUCCCUGCUCUGCUCCUGGCUGGAGGAAACAUCCACAUCGGGCCGACAGAUUCCACACAAGCAGAAAAAAAAUGCCGCUGCCGCCCUUGUUGCCUUGGCUUGUGCAAGGGGAUCGCUGAAAACCUUUGUUCACACAGUACACCUUUUACAGAAGCAAACCGAUUUGGGGUCCCUGCCUGUGGCCGACGUGUUAUACAGGUUGCUGCUUUUGGAAGGAGGCCCUGGGUCGCCCUCUUGUUUGCUGGGGGGCAAACACAUGGUCUCCUGGGGGUUCGAAGACAUGUUGCCAGCACCCGAUGCCAAUCCCGGCUCAGGCUCAGAAAAUAAAGAUGCAGACUUGGGACGCUGUCUCGCGGCAGACGGACUUUAUCUUUAUACAACCAACUCAGUUGGCCGGGGAAUAAGCAAAUUAGGAUCUGGAUUGCACGGGACCUUACGAGGUUUUGUGUACUGUCGCAAUGAGGAGUUGGAGUCCGGCUGGGUCGCGUUUGGGAAUGGCCGGCUUCUUCACCGGCCCGUCUCUUUUGACAACAAACCUCAUUCCCUUUUCCAAGUCAUUGACCAGAAUACCCUUCAGGUGUGUCAGCUUGUCCCGAUGCCAGCGGACCACUUUCCGGUCGGCAGCACCAUGACCACUGUGCACCUCUCUUCAGAUGGCACCUACUUCUACUGGAUCUGGUCUCCUGCAAGCUUGAAUGAAAAGACCCCCAAGGGACACUCGGUCUUCAUGGAUGUCUUUGAGCUCACGGUGGAAAAUGGCACCUGCGCCGCCAAAGCCCUCCAGGAGCGCAUCAUCCUCAUGAGGAAAGAGGGGGACUCGGCCAAGAGCAUCAACGAGAUGCUCCUGAGCAGGCUGUCCCGGUACCGAGCCUCCCCCUCCGCAACCCUGGCGGCGCUGACUGGCUCCACCAUCUCCAAUACGCUGAAAGAGGACCAAGCAGCUGCGAACACAAGUUGUGGCCUGCCUCUUAAAAUGCUCCGCAAGACUCCGAUAUAUACGUGCGGGACGUAUUUGGUGAUGCUAGUCCCACCCCCAGGCGGCUCCGGCAGCUCUGCCACACGGUCGCUCUUUGGUGGAACCAGCGGGUUGUCGUCCUUGAAAAUUCUGGCGUCAAGUUUGGUGUACAACAUCUCGGAUGGGCAGUUUGCAAGCCGAGCGGAUCUCAUGGACGCUGCUGGGAGCUCGCUGGGACGUGGCGCCCUUGUUCCUGGCCUAGGUGCCUGCUACGACGCUAUGAAUAACAUGAUCUGGACGUGCUCUAACGACUAUAUCGAUCAGUGGUGCAACCCUGGGAACCAGGCCUUCCAUUACGUCUGCCAGAGGCUUGGAGUCAGCCAUAUAAUUACGGAGCCAAAAGGAGAUGCCAUAACCACAAAUGAGGUUAUCAACCAAUUAUUGCACCAUGUUGGUGCCAUGUGUAUCCAUCAGCUCAACCUGCUUGCAGCAAGUAACAAUCUUCCCAUUACCAAUUUCCUGGGUAAGCAGCACCCGAUUGAAGCCCAUCAUCUCAGCAGCAUCUGCGACAUUAUGGAGAAAGCCAUGGUCAAUGGGGACACCUGUAUUAUACGCUGCAUCCUGGUGGUCUUCCAGGUGGUUUUUAAGUUUUUCUUCAGCCCCCAAACAGAGAAGAACCGUGACAUUGUGAGACGCUCCGGCCUCUUGCUUUGGCAGUUGCUGAUGGCACCAGCGGACCAGAUCAGCCCAGAAAUCCAGAAGGAGGUCUGUCUAGCAAUCAGCUCUGGUCUCAACAUCCUCUAUCCUGGAGAAGCAGAAAUCAAUAACUUACUUAAGCUGGUCUUAACUGAAGGUGACCGAAACAGUGGGCUUGCCCAGCUCCGGGAUGUGAUCAUGACAAACUUAUCUGAACAGCUUCAGAACAACAGAUUUGGCAGCGAAGACGAUGAACAUUACAGACUAAACGAUGAACUUUUGCACUACAUUCUCAAGAUUGUUGUCCGCGAAUCUUGUAUCUUAAUCACCAAGUGCCAAACUGUGUCCAGAGAUGAAUUUCAAAGGCUCCUCUCCACAGUGCCUGCCGCCUCCUCCUGCCUGCGAUACCUGAUGGCUGUACAGAACCAUCUUCUGAGUAAUACUAUUUUGAUUAAGCCCGACGAAAACGAUGACAGUGACAGCUCCUUGCAGGGAGAGACAUUGAAGGUACAGGAGCUUAAGGCCAGCAUCUUGGCUCUGGCGACACAAAUCCUCACCAGCUGCGAUGAAGUUCUGGAAAUGCUGCAGCAAGUCACCACCGCUCUUAUCAACAGCGAUAUUCCGGACAGGGAGCAAAGGUUAAAAGGCCUGGAGCAAGUGACCAAAGCCACGAUGCUGGGCCAUUUGCUUCCGGUGCUGCUGACCUCCCUGAUGCAUCCCAAUCUCCAGACGUUGACCAUGGCUGAUGCUCUGAUGCCUCAGCUGGUGCAGCUGGUCCUGUACACAAGUCAGACGGCCUUGUUGCUGAAAACCCAGUCUCCAGUCUUCUCCGAAGCGGGUAGCUCCCCCGGUAGCGCAUCUGAGCAGAGGAGCAAGCUGUUUCCCGAGGAGAGAAUGCUAGAAGAGAAAGAAGAGCCGGGCUUCCUCACUGGCCUGAAAAUCCCGGCUCCUUGGGCUGCUGGGAAAACAGUAGAGACGGUUCACCCCGUUAGGGACAACUACAAAUUUAAGGAGACGGUGCAUAUCCCGGGAGCCCGCUGCCUGUACCUGAGGUUUGACAGCCGAUGCUCCUCGCAGUACGAUUAUGAUAAGCUGGUGAUCUACGCAGGCCCCAACACAAACAGUCGGAAGGUUGCCGAGUAUGGAGGCAAUACCCUUGGGUACGGAAGCCGCAGCGUCUUAGGAACUGGCUGGCCCAAAGAUUUAGUCAAGGUGGAAGGGGACACCGUGACCUUCUCCUUUGAAAUGCGGAGCGGCCGAGAACACAACACCCCCGACAAAGCCAUGUGGGGCUUUGCCUGCACCGUUCGAGCCCAGGAGUCCUCGGAAGACGUCUCAGGCGGCUUGCCCUUCUUGGUGGACCUUGCGUUAGGCUUGUCUGUGCUGGCUUGUUCCAUGCUGAGGAUCCUGUACAAUGGCCCGGAAAUCACCAGAGAGGAGGAAACGUGCCACGAACUUCUAAGGUCCAAACUUUUACAGAGGUGCCAGUGGCAAGUGGAAGCCAACGGCGUGAUCUCUCCAGCCCUCACUCCAAGCCCCUCGCCACUGCCUCUCACCAUAGAAGAAGACCGCGAGUUCACCUACCCGUCGGACAUUCUUGUGCCCCCGGUUGGGCACUACUUUGACCUGCCCCGGAUCCGGCUCCCUCCCGGGAUCAUGAUUAAACUCAGGGAAAUCUCCGGCCGCGCUCGGCCUCAGUUCAGACCCAGCAUCAGGGAGGUGAUCCAACCAGACAUAAUGGAAGAAAUGGUGGUUUCGUGUGUGAUCAAGCACCUGAAUCUGGUUGAUGCACUCCAGUCCCUAAUGAACUUCCAGUACCAAGAGGAACAUGCAGAGGAAUACGAUCUACUUUGUAAAAUUAUGGGAGAGACCUUUAAGAAGCUCAAUGCCAUGGAACGGCAACUCCAGAGUGUCGCCGAGCUGGAGCAGAAAUGGCAAAGUGAAGUGGAAGAUGCCAUGCACGGGAAACUGGAGAACAAUGUUCCCUUCUUUUAUGAUUACCACUUUAACGAGAGCAAAAUGAAAGAACUGGAACUUCUGUGCUCCAUGAAAGAGGUUUCAUUUGAUGGGAGUGAUCUUGAGAACAUGGUCCUCUCGCUGAGGGAGAAAUUUUUCCAGGAAGUCAGCUCCCUGCUUCAGAAGCCUUCGCAUCCCAUGGCGAAGACGAAAACGUUGGUCAAGAGCUUGAUGAACCGCGCAGAGCUACUCUUGCACGUCACCAUUGCCGCCCAGCCUGGACUCACCCGGAGUAUAUCUGGCACACCGGCAGAGACACCAGCCUGCAAGUCGGCUUCAGAAACAAAGGUGAUCUCCCACGCUGUCCGUCAGCCCGUCUUUCUCCGCAGCAUGUCUGCACCGUCUGACCUUGAGAUGAUUGCCAAUGAAGAUCUGGAGUUCACUCGCUCGAGCCAGAGUAGGCGGCGGCAUGUGACCAGUCACAGGAGCAGCUCCUUUACCCUCCUCCAGUCCCUGACCAUUGAGGACAGCCGAGAUAAGCCCACCUACAGCGUCUUGCUGGGGCAGCUGUUUGCUUUCAUUGGGACCAAUCCUGACCAAGCAGUAUCCAGCAGCAGUUUCCUCCUAGCUGCUCAGACCAGGUGGCGCCGCGGAAACACCAGGAAGCAGGCUCUGGUACACAUGAGGGAGCUCUUGACAGCUGCCGUGCGUGUUGGUGGCGUGACGCAUCUUGUGGGUCCGGUGACGAUGGUUCUUCAAGGAGGCCCACGGAUUGAAGAGCUCACCUGUGGUGGGAUGGUGGAACAAGUCCAAGAAGCCUUUGGGGAGACCAUGACCUCUGUUGUGGCGCUCUGCGCUCGUUACCCCAUCGCCUGCGCAAACAGCAUUGGCCUCUUGUGCACGAUACCUUACACCAGGAGUGAAGAGAAGUGUCUGGUGCGGAGCGGCCUGGUCCAGCUGAUGGAUCGCUUGUGCAGCUUAAGCAGCCAGGCUGAAUCCAGCUCCAAUGAGAAGCAGACAAAGAAGCAGAAGGUGGCCACCAUGGCUUGGGCUGCCUUCCAAGUGCUAGCCAACCGUUGCGUGGAAUGGGAGAAGGAGGAAGGUGGGUCCACGGAGGCUGUGCACUCAGGUCUGGCUCGCCAGGUCUCCAGUCUUCUGACCAACCACCUGGCACGAGCCACCGAGUGUUGUGGCAACCAGGCCGCCGGAAACGAUGCCCUGCAAGAUGUCCUUAGUCUUCUGAAUGAUCUCUCGAGGAGUCACAUUGGCAAGGCCAUCCUCAGCCAGCCAGCCUGCGUGUCGAAGCUGCUCUCCCUGCUCCUGGACCAGCGCCCCUCUCCGAAGCUGGUCCUCAUCAUCCUCCAGCUCUGCCGCGCCGCUCUGCCGCUCAUGAGUGUGGAGGAUUGUGGGAACGUGGAGCUGCCCCCCUGGAGCUACUCGGUGCCCUCCCUGAACAGCGAGCAAGACGACCCCAGUGACCCGGCCUCCAAAAUUGCCUCCCUGCUCUUAGCCAAGUUGGCGGAUUACAUCGUGCCCGGAUGCCAGACGGUUCUUUCUCCAACGGCUUCUGAGCCUGACACUUCGCUGUCAAAAGCCAGCCCGAAAGGUUCCCUUAAAGGAGACAAAGAUCCCGGGGAAGAGAGCGAGGCCGUGGAUGGCAAACUCUCCAUCUUCAUUCAUAAGCGGGAAGACCAGUCGUCUCAUGAGGUCCUUCAGCCGCUGCUAAGUAGCUCAGAAGGCCGGCCAUUUCGACUCGGAACGGGAGCCAAUAUGGAGAAGGUGGUGAAGAUGGAUCGGGACAUGACUAAAAGCGGCUGCUGCGAAGUGAUCACUGAGGAGGCUGCUGCAGCACUGCGGAAGGCCACCAAGUGGGCACAGUCUGGGCUGAUCGUCAGCGUGGGCCCACCAGUAGAAAUGGCCAAUCCGGAAAGCACCAGUGGCCUGUCGACCGGGGACAAGAAGAAAACGGCACAAACCUCCAUUUGCAGGGAGCGGAAUUCAGAGCUUGCCAGAACCGACCCCGUGCGGCCCUUCAUCAGUGGCCACGUGGCGAACAGCAUGGCAGCGGAGGUGAUUGCUUUGCUCCACAGCUUGCUCAUGGCGCCAGAAUCCAACGCAGCUCAGAUAUGGACCACCACAGCUGAAAAAGUUCUGUCCCGGGCUCUGAUGUAUAUUCCUCAGCUGGGCAAGUAUGCAGAGAGCAUUCUGGAGAACGGCAGCAGCAGCGGAAGGAAACUUGCCAAGCUUCAAAGGAUUGCGCGCCAGGCAAUCGCUGCUCUCUGUGCUCUGGGCGGCUUCAAAGAGACCAUCAAAAUUGGCUCUGAAGUGCAGGUUUUAGGUAGGGGAAUAGCCGGAAGCAUUGGAGUCGUGGCAUCUAUUAAUGAACAGGAAGGUAUAGCAACGGUCAGAUUUCCACCUACCAGUAUAGACUGUAGAAAGACCUCCCAAGCAUCAGACAUUUUAACUAUUCCAUUAUCUAGGCUCUGUGUUCCAAGAUCAGAGGCAUUGCCUCUCCAUAAACUGUCCAUUACUGAGAAGGUAGUACAGGCAGUCCAGUCCAUGUUACUUCCGCAGGAGGGGAGUCUCUCUAUUCAUACCUCACUUCCUGCAACAGGAGAUGGCUCAACUCCAGUAAUGGCAGUGGUCCGACUCCUUGCUGAAAUCCGAACCAGAGCAUGCCUGGUGAUGGCGCAGCUGCUGGAAGACAGCUCCUUCUGUGAAGAGUUCAUCCAGCAGUGCCCGGCUGCGGUGGAAGUCCUCAACCUGGUGGCCCAGGAGUGCAGCCCUGGGGAGCGGCUGCUGGUGGUCGAAGUGCAGUGCGAAAAGCUGCGGAUGCUGUAUCGUGAUAGCGCCCGCCCGCCGCCGCCACCGCUGCAGGCGGACCGAAGGCAGCCCAAGGAAAUCACGUGGAGCCCUUCUCGGGUCUUCCCGCCAGUGCGAGCCUGCAUGUUCUCCUCCCACCUGACAGCCGUGACCUUCCUUGCAGACCCCAGUGCAGGCGGAGGGCUGCCUCGGGGCACCUUUAUCUAUGCCACCUCGCCUGUUCCUGUCCAGGCGCCUUCCUUCUACUGGGAGAUUGAGAUUGUGUCCUAUGGAGACACAGACGACGACACGGGACCAAUCGUUUCAUUUGGCUUUGCCACGGAAGCAGAGAAGCGUGAUGGCGCUUGGACCAACCCCGUGGGCACCUGCCUUUUCCACAACAACGGUCGAGCUGUUCACUACAACGGUUCCAGCCUGCUCCAGUGGAAAAGCGUGCGACUGGACGUGACUCUUUCUCCCGGUGACGUUGCCGGAAUUGGCUGGGAAAGGGCAGAAGGCACCCCCCCUCCUCCAGGGCAGCCAGCCAAAGGCCGAGUGUAUUUCACCUACUGUGGGCAGCGCCUGGGGCCUUACCUGGAGGACGUGUCAGGGGGCAUGUGGCCCGUUGUGCAUAUCCAGAAGAAGAACACCAAAGUCCGGGCCAAUUUUGGGUCCCGCCAGUUUGCCUAUGCAGAAGGGCAAGCUCAUCGGAACGCUGCAGACCUCUGCAUCGACCUUGCCGAAGAAAUCAGUGCCAACUUUGAAGCGCUGCCUUUUGCCAUGGCUUCCGACAGCGACAACGACGCCGGCACCAGCACCGCCUCCGACCCCGGGACUCACGGGCCUCCUUGCCGGAUUGCCGCCGUGGCCACUGCUCAGCAACAGUAUGACAGCGACACCUCCUGCCAUUAUAAGAUGGAACUCAGCUAUGAAAACUUCAUCACGUCUGGCCCAGACCCGCACCCCCCUCCCAUCGCGGAUGAUGAAAGUGACGACGACGACGAUGACGACAUCCCGCGGGAGGACCACUAUGCCUUGCUCGUGAAAGCCUGGGAGACCAAAGUGUUCCCUACCAUCCGAAGGCGCUUCCGGAACGAAGCCGAGAGGAAGUCUGGCUUGGAUCAAAUCAAAGGAGCACUACAGCUGGGAAUGGUGGACAUCGCCCGGCAAACCGUUGAAUUCCUUUAUGAGGAAAAUGGGGGCAUCCCUCGGGACCUGUACCUCCCCACUAUUGAGGAUAUCAAAGAUGAAGCCAAUAAAUUCACCAUUGAUAAAGUUCGGAAAGGUCUCACUGUUGUCACCCGCUGUCCAGACAGUAACAACAUGGCCACCAACACCAUAGGGACAGCCCUGCCUAAGUUUGCUAUCCGUGGGAUGCUGAAGACGUUUGGACUUCACGGAGUCGUUCUGGAUGUUGAUUCGGUCAAUGAGCUGGUCCAGGUCGAGACAUACCUCAGGAGCGAAGGGGUCUUGGUCAGGUACUGGUACCCCAUCGAUAUGCUCGAACGCCCACCAGCUGGCUAUCGGAGGACUGCAACCAAUGGCCUGGUUUCUCUGGACAACACAAACAUUCAGAUUCACAGAGAACUUUUGCGAUGUGAAGCUGCACUCGCUAGGCUGUACUGCCGCAUGGCUCUACUCAACAUUUUUGCCCCUAAGUCUCCUCACAUGUUUACUCGUCUGUUUCACAUUCCGGCCAUCCGGGACAUCACCUUGGAACACCUCCAGUUGCUGUCCAAUCAGCUCCUUGCACCACCUCUGCCUGACGGAACGGUCAGUUCCAGCUCCAUCCUGCUGGCCCAGUCCCUCCAGCACUGCAUCCACUCCCAGAACUGCUCAGCCACCGACCUCUUCUACCAGGGCAACUCCCAAACUAUCCAGGAGUGGCUCACCAUUGCCAUCACUCGGACUCUGCAUCAGGGAGAGGAGACCCUGUUCGACCUGACCAAACAGAUCUGUUCCUUCCUACAGAACGCUCCUGAGCAGUUCCCCUCUGAAGAGUUUCCCAUUUCCGAGUCCAAAGUCAACAUGGAUGUCAAUUUCCCUGGCGCAGCCUUUGUAGUUGUGUCCUGCAAGGAAAGUCAAUCUGGAUUCCGCAAAGACUCCUCUCUGUAUAAGGCUCCCUGGGCCCGGAUCCUUGUGUACGGCUUGGGCCACAAGGUCAAGAGGAAUGGCCAGUUGAACCUCAUUGAGGCAGUGUGCUACCCCCGGGACGCUUCUCCAACCAACACCGGCCUGACUCCACCCCCCACAACCAAUCAGUAUCCUUCAGACAUCAUCUCCGCUGACAAGGUCCACAUCAAACUGGGAGUUUCGCCCCCUCCGGGAGCUGUCCUCGUCUUGCACUCCCUGCCGCUGGAAUUCCCGCUGGCCGUGGCGUUUGCUGAACAGCUGCUGACCUGGAAACUGGAAGAUGGCGAUGGGAAGUCGGAAGAGGAGCUGGAUACGAUCCCCGCCUCAGUUCUCUUGCAAGUGGUGGAAAUUCUAGGGAAUUUCCUGUGGACGACCAGCAUGGCCGCCUGCGUGAAAGAGCUGCUUUUCCACCUCCUGGCUGAACUGCUUCGCAAGAUUCACAGCCUGGAGCAGAAGAAGAACCCAGCAGGCUUGUCCUCCUCCAUUGCACUCCAGCUGAACCCUUGCCUGGCCAUGCUCAUGGCCCUCCAAUCUGAACUUCACAAGCUGUACGAUGAAGAAACCCAAAACUGGGUGUCUGGAAAUGCCUGCGGUGGCGGAUCUGGGAUGGGAGGAGCUGAUCAAGGGAGGUUCUCUACCUAUUUCCACGCCCUGAUGGAAGUUUGCCUGGCUGUCGCAGAAGUGACCCUGCCCAUCAACAUGAGCAUCACAGCCAACGUGAUGUCGUCAACCAGCGGCCCAAAUCUAAGCGAUUCCUCCUCCUCCUCUUCCUCCUCUCCCGGGCAGACCCCCCAGAGCCCAAGCCUCCUGUCAAAGAGGAAGAAGGUGAAAAUGAAGCGGGAGAAGACGUCCUCUUCAGGGAAACGGACUUCGUCCCGAGCUGCUGAAACCGACACUGCGCUCCUCAGCAUUGGCGGGAGCAAGCCGGAGGACAUGUUGUGGUUCCACCGGGCCCUCACCUUGCUCAUCAUCCUCAGGCACCUGACCAAGAAGGACCCCCAGGGGCUGGGUGUGACCAACGAUGCUGUGGCGGACGCUUGCCAGGCCUUGGUUGGGGCGACGGCUCACAGCCGCUUGCUGGUGAUUUCUGGGAUCCCAACCCACUUGGAGGAGGGCACCGUGCGGAGUGCCAUCCGUAAAGCAUGCAACGCUCACGGCGGCGUCUUCAAAGACGAGAUCUACAUCCCGCUGCAGAAGGAGGUUCCCAAGAAAAGCAAGGACAAAGCGGAGGGCGGGGAGUGCAGGCCCGAGCUGGACAAGCCCAUGGUCUCCAGCAGCGUGGACAGUCUGGACAUGAGCAGCUCCAGCAGCGUCACGCCGGCCAUGAGCGUCAGUGCCUCCACCUCCACCAGCCAGGCCUCCCUCUGCAGUUCCCAGGGCAUCUCGCGGACGAUCAGCGACAUCUCUGUGGACCAGUUCCAAGCUGGCCUGGAGAUGGUCAUCCCGCCGGGGCUGCUGGAGCCGCAUGUGGUCUCCAGCCAGGAGAGCCUGGACCUCUCGCUCUGCAGCACCGGGAGUCUGGGCAGCCUCGGCAGCCUCGGGGAGCAGCUCGACAACGUGGAGACCGCCUCCGUGUCGGAUGUGGGGUCCAUGUACACCGUGACCUCGCUGGACAGCCAGUCAGUCCCCUCGAGGCCCAUCAAGGGCUUUGCAGUGGUGGAGAUAAGGUCCCGGGCCAAGAUUGAAAAGAUCCGAGCUAGCUUAUUUAACAGCAGUGAUCUGAUUGGCUUAUCAAGUCUGGAUGGGGAAGAUGAGCUCAUGGAAAUGUCCACGGAGGAGAUUCUGACUGUCUCAACUGUGAAUCAGAGUUUGUUUGAUACGCAAGGGAGUCCUGCGCUCGAAGACUACUUCAAUGACAAAACCAUCAAAGGUGACAAACUUGUCUCAGGUGCUCGUGAAGUCCUCACUGAAAUUUUCAAAAGCUGCCUCCACUCUGAGCAAAUGCUGAGCUUGACGCCGGCAAAACCAACCAAAGUGGCUGAGAUUUACCUGAGCAAAGAGCAGAUCAAUGCCCAGACACCCGGGAACCUCCUGCACACUUUCUUCACCAACGUCCGGCCCCCAAAGAAGGUCCUUGAGGAUCAGCUCACCCAGAUCCUGAGGAAAUACGGGGCUCCCAAGCCAAAGCUUGACAAGAGCAAGUACAGCAAAGUCGGCAAAGAGCAGCACCCGGUGAAAGUGGUGAGCACCAAGCGGCCCGUCAUGAAGCCGCCCGCCAAGGAGAAGGCUGUGUUCAACAGUGUCAGCAGAACAGCUUUGAGUGAGAAGAAGCCGACAGUGAAGCCGAAAUCCCCCGAGAAAAGCAAGCCUGAGGACAAAGACACGGACAAGUCGCCCACCAAGAAGCAGGAGGUUCCUGAAGAGAAGUAUCUGACGCUGGACGGGUUUCACAGAUUUGUCAUUGAUCGGGCAAAGCAGGAUAUCCGUAGUGUGUGGCGAGCCAUUCUGUCGUGCGGUUAUGACCUUCAUUUUGAAAGGUGUGCCUGCAUCGACACCAGACAUGCUCAGAAGGCCUCCCGCAAGUGGUCCUUGGAGAUGGAUGUCGCCCUGGUCCAGUACAUCAACCGACUCUGCCGCCACCUGGCCAUUACGCCGGCGCGGCUGCACCCCCACGAAGUGUACUUGGACCCUGCCGACACGGCUGACCCGCGAGUCUCCUGCCUGUUGAAUGUUCCCAUCGAAAGCCUUCGCCUGCGCUUUGCACUACUCCAGUCCCUCAACACCACUUUGGAGACCUUCUUCCUUCCGCUGGUGGAGCUCCGGCAGACCGAAAUGUACACCAAUAGCAUCGCAGCCCUCUUGCAGGAAGCUAAAGGAUUCAUUUUUUACGACACAAAGGUGACUGUCAUGAACCGCAUCCUCAAUGCCACUGUGCAGAGAACAGCUGACCACGCUGCUCCAGAGAUUACCCUGGACCCCCUGGAAAUUGUCGGAGGAGAGAUUCGGUCUUCGGAAAAUUCCUACUUCUGCCAGGCUGCCCGACAACUGGCCUGUGUCCCCUCUUCGCAGCUCUGUGUGAAAUUGGCCAGUGGAGGGGACCCCACGUAUGCCUUCAACAUUCGCUUCACAGGCGAGGAAGUCCAUGGCACAAGUGGUUCUUUCCGCCACUUCCUGUGGCAGGUCUGCAAGGAGCUCCAGAGUUCCUUGCUCUCGCUCCUCCUGCUCUGUCCCAGCUCGGCCGUCAAUAAGAACAAGGGCAAGUACAUCCUGACACCCAGCCCCAUCAGCUAUGGGGAGGAGCAGCUGCUGCACUUCUUUGGGCAAUUGCUGGGCAUUGCCAUCCGGGCAGAUGUCCCCCUGCCCCUGGAUCUCCUACCCUCCUUCUGGAAGACCUUAGUAGGAGAACCACUGGAUCCGGACGUUGACCUCCAGGAGGCUGACAUCCUGACCUACAACUACGUCAAGAAAUUUGAAAAUCUCAAUGACGAGACGGAGCUGGAGGCCCUGUGUGCCGAAAUCGGUUCCCAGCACCUAGCGAUGGAGAGCCCCGAUUGCCCCAACAAGCCCAGCUGCAAGUUUACGUACCCAACGAUGACGGGGGAAGAGAUGGAGCUGUGUGCCCGAGGCAGGCACAUCCCCGUGGUAUGGGAGAACAAGGAUGUCUAUGCAACGGCCAUCCGGAACCUGAGGUUACGUGAGCUGCAGAACCCAGAGUGUGUGACGGCCGUGAGAGCCGGCCUGGGCUCCAUCAUCCCCCUCCAGCUUCUGACCAUCUUGACCCCCCUGGAGAUGGAACUGAGGACCUGCGGACUUCCCUACAUCAACCUGGAGUUCCUCAAGGCACAUACCAUGUACCAAGUGGGGCUGAUGGAGACCGACCAGCACAUCGAGUUUUUCUGGGGGGCCUUGGAGAUGUUCACGCAGGAGGAGCUCUGCAAGUUCAUCAAGUUUGCCUGCAACCAGGAGCGCAUCCCCUUCACCUGCCCCUGCAAGGAUGGGGGGCCAGACACAGCACAUGUCCCGCCAUACCCCAUGAAGAUCGCCCCUCCUGAUGGCACUGCAGGUUCCCCAGACUCGCGCUACAUCCGUGUCGAGACCUGCAUGUUCAUGAUCAAACUUCCUCAGUACUCCUCCCUAGAGGUCAUGUUGGAAAAGCUGCGCUAUGCCAUUCACUACCGGGAGGACCCUCUCAGCGGCUGAGCUGCUCCGUAGCCAAGCGACUCGGGGGCACCCCCUGCCCAGCGGCAGAAGAGGAGCAGCAGCCAAUGCCGCCCUGCAAUCAGGCGGGAGUCGGCCGCGGAGGCUUUCCUCCAGACAAGCGUGGCUGCUGGAAGGCUUCCCUUUUGUGUUCAUAGACUUUCGUGGUGGACGGAUUGUCUUUGCUGCCUUGUCUGUGAGAUAUUUGUAGGAUAGCUUUAAGUACACAGACUGAUGUUCACCAAUCUUGAGAUCCUCACAUUUCUUUCGUAAUUAGACGCGUGUUGACUUGCCAAACGGAAAUGUGAGGCCAAGGCUUUCAAGGUGGUGGUCUCCCCUGCCGACAUUGCUGAGUGCAAAGAUGAACCAGCUCACAGCUACUGGAACCCACCUCUUCUGUUGCGUUAGUGUUAAGGAGAAAUCUCACGGGGAGGGGGGGGAGUAUGGAAGGCUCUUGCUUUUUGCCAGAAGGGGGUGGGGGGGAGAUCAGUAUCUUCACAGCAUUCCGUGUAUCCAGGUUUUGAGGACAUGAAGCUGAUCAGUUCAUGUUUCCACAGAGUCUAAAAAUUAAUGAGUCAGAAGAUAGCAGGUUCUGCCCCAUUUCCUUUCGAAAUGCAACAGACCUGCCCUUGGCUCGCCACAAAGCCCACAAGAGCCCUGCUACGUUUUUGUGUCCAGAAAUGAUCAAAGAUCUCCUUAACGUGUGGCAUCCCAAAAGUGGGUGGAGGGAGAAGACAAGACUUCUAGGAGGAGAUUUUACUCUCCCAUGGUACUACUCUAGGCAAGAUCCACUCAGCCUUGCUGUUUUGUGACCUGCCUUGCUUUUCAGUUGGGGUUUCUGUAGAAAGCUGGUGCAAAGCCCUCUGAAACCACCGGAGGCUACACAACAGCAGAGUUUGAUGGAGGCUCCUGUGUCUGGGCCGAGAUGCACCCAGCAGCAGAAACACACAUCAAGCACGCACAUUUCUUUUUCCUUGACUAAUGUGAAGAGAGUUGCUAGAUCAAGCCAUGUUGAGGUUGCUCUCGGUCCUGGGACUCCUCUUGGAAAGAUUGCUGGGUGUCCUGCUUGGCUUGGUGCUAUCUAUGCGUUUAAGUGCCAGCACUUAGUUCAGAGCUUGUAAAGACCUCCCUGCACCAUUACAAGCUGUAAUCCAAGGCUGAUGAGAGUGAGCAAUUCUGGACCGUUUUGCUUAUCUGUAGCAAUGGGAAACCUGUAUUUAUUGUAUAUUACUGCGAAUAUUGGCAAUUAUUAGAGCUGAACAGUGUGUGGAUGGAGAUUGUUGGAGUGAAUGAAGAGAUGGGUGUUUUUAGAAUUAGUUGUUGGUGCAUAAAGGAUCCAACUUCCAUUGUCAGAGAAGAAAAGCCUACAUCUGUGUAGGAAUCCUUUUUUAAAUCUCCUGCCCAUUUUCCAGCUGAAGUGGGCUUGAUGUGUCAGACAAAUGUUGUAUGGUGAGUUUACAAACACCCAAGAGAAACCCAGACAGAAUGAAGAAGGCAAGAAGUGGCCUCAAGCCAUCCAUGAAGGACAUUCUGGGAUGUCUGGAAUGGGUGCCAGAACAACCUUGCUUUAUGGGAAUGUGGCUGUUGUGAGUCACUCAGUUUCUCUUGCGGGAACUUCUUGUUCAAUCAAAUACCUCGCAGGCCUUUCCGUUGCCACAUCGCUAGCUGCGAAUAGAAGGGGAAGCCAUUGCUGCCGGGCCUGCUGCUCCCUCCUAGAGGGCAUAGGCGAGUUGGUGGGCUCUGUGCUGCAGCCCUAAAGAGUUUGCUGUAAAGUGACUUGAUGUAUAUUUAUUCUGAUUAUUUAUGGUUGCAUUUAACAACAGAAAUUGUCCUCCAUGGUGUUUACACCCCACCCAGUGUAAAUGGAACUUCUUUCUGGGAACAUUUUGUGUCCAAAUAAUCUCACGCCCUUCAUCUGCAUUGUGGAUUUGUUUGGAAGAGCAGGCAGGAACAAGCUGAAGGAUGCUGCUAAGAGGAAGCAAGUUGUGAGGUGGGGGCUGGAUUUCCUGAAUCUGACUGCUCCUUGCUCUCUGAAUGAACACUGACUACUCUGUCUGCAGUAAGAGUCUCUCGCGGCAUACUUUGGGUUCUGACUUUUGUUUUCUUUUAACUUGAAUAUUCAUCCUGAAUGUAACGCUGUCUAAAAAACAGCAUUGAAAAUGGAUGUUGAGACAUUUGGGUUUAAGCUUAUGUUGAACAUCCAUUUGGUAUUUAUUACUCACUAUUAAGCAGUUUAAGUGCUCUUGGUCAGGUAGCAGACACCCAGCCAGAAGAGAAUUCCUACUAGCCCCUUCACGCGCGUGUCUCGGUCUCCUGUGGCCCUUAAUGCUUGGGCCGGAAAAAGAGAACCCCCGUAAGAACCCCCAAGCUGCAUUCACCCACAAAAAUCUAAAGCAACUUGAGAUGACAGAUGGCAGGCUGCCUGCUCUCCAGCUCAUUUUGGGAUACGUUAAUGCACUGUAAUUUUUAUUUGUAUUUACUUACAAAUGUGUAAAUAUUUUGUACAAAAGGAAAAGGUGAGCCAAGGGCCGCCAUUCCUCUUGGCCAGGAGGAACUCUGUGCGUUUCUCCUGCCCAAGGGAGAUCAGUGGCUGAGCUGACAAGCGUGUGUUUUGUUGGCCUUUUUUAAUUUAUUCUCUGCUCAUCACACCCCGGUUUGACUGCAAAGGUCUCCCCUUAGAACAGUUCUCCCUUCUCAACUAUAUCAAAACUACCACCUUAGCUUCCUCUGUAAACCCACCAUAGUGCUUUGCCCUUGGGAAUAACAACACUGCGUUGCCACUUGUUUUUAAGAACUCUCUCUUUGGCUUUUCUUGUAUUUAAUAAAUGCUUACUUUUGGUGGAA